CAGCAGCACACGGGGAGGGGGUUGCCAAAGGCGAGAGCUUUAUUGGAUGCAAUGGGACUUAACCAGUCUGAUCCUCCAACUGGCUGGGGCAGCAUUUUGUUAAAGAUCACAAUACUGGUCAACAUGUACCCCCAGCACAUCCCUCAUCUUCCUCAUUACCCAUAACUACUACUAGUGUAGCUGGGAGUAGCAACUGGCACGUAACAUAGUAACUUAUAGUGCUGCACCAUUGUGUGCUUUAUACCCUGAAACCGCACAAUUCUACAUUCCAAUUCCAUGUCCACUUUUCAGGAUGAGCAAUAACAGCAUCAUUUCCAAGCUGUCACGUGCUAUCGUGGCAUGGGUUGGGGCUUAUCACUGAUAGGAGCCCGGCACUGCCCAUGUGAUCUGUCCUGCCUCAGCUCGGUCACAUGUCUAUGACAUCACGACUUCCUUAGAGCCGCUCUAUCUCCGCUCCCAUCUCCCAGCAUCUCUUGUAGUGAAAGAGGAGGACGAGGCCCUAAAAAAGCAGCAACAUGUCUGGGUAUAUGAAGCAGCAGAGCCGGGUUCGGGACUUCAGCAGCAUUAUUCAGACCUGCAGCGGCAAUGUGCAGAGGAUCACAAAUAACACUGCCCAGAUCCGGACCCUAUUAAAUCAGCUGGGGACAAGCCAGGAUUCCACUAAGCUGCAGCAAAACCUGCAGCAGAUUCAGCAUUCCACUAAUGUCUUGGCUAAGGAGACCAACACAUAUUUGAAAGACCUUGCAUCUGUCCCCACCCCACUUUCUCCUGCAGAACAGCGUCAGCAAAAACUUCAGAGGGAACGUCUUAUGAAUGACUUUUCAGCGGCACUUAAUCAUUUCCAAGCUAUCCAGAGACAAGUGUCUGAGAAGGAAAAGGAAACUGUAGCCCGGGCCAGGGCAGGCUCCCGCCUCUCAGCUGAUGAAAGGCAGAAGGAGGAGCAGCUUGUGUCUUUUGACAACAAUGAAGACUGGAAUCAGCUGCAAAGCCAAGAUGAAGAAGUUGCAGUUACAGAAGAGGAUCUAGAGCUUAUAAAGGAAAGAGAGAGCGCCAUCCAGAAAUUAGAGGCAGACAUUCUUGAUGUCAACCAAAUAUUUAAAGAUUUAGCAGUAAUGAUUCAUGAUCAAGGAGAAAUGAUAGAUAGUAUAGAAGCCAAUGUGGAAAGUGCAGAGGUUCAUGUAGAGAGAGGAACAGAGCAACUACAAAGGGCAGCAUAUUACCAGAAAAAAUCCCGGAAGAAGAUCUGUAUUUUAGUGCUGGCUCUUGCCAUUGCAGCUGUGAUUCUGGGUUUCAUCAUAUAUUUAUCAGUGAGAUCCUGAGGUCACUCAUAACACCCUUUCAUCUUCUUUUCAUCUUCUGGUUAUUUUCCUCAUGCAAUUUGCUGUGCAUAUAUUUUCCUCCAACCAUAAGUGAAUAACAGAGACAGGAUUUGAAGAAAAAAAAAAUGAAUAAAAGUACUAUGGAAUACCACAAGACCCUGCUGUGAGACACUCCUGAACAUGACAUUUUAGAACGGCAAACCUUUUUUUUUUUUUUUUUUUUUUUUUUUUUUUUAAUCCUAGUGCUGUCAUAUAUUUACUAUUGUGCCACAUGGCCAGGACUUUUUUUAUUCCAUUAAAAUAUCAGAUCACAUCACACCACUAAUCUUGCCCACAAUAGUUUAUGCUAUAUUCUGGCGACAUCUUGAACACCAUGUAGAUAACAUUUUAGAAUAGGAUUUAUUUAUCACCGAUUAACAUUCAGUUCUCCCCAACUUGACACUGUGGGAGUAUUAAUUCUGCUCACAUUGUCAUUGCACAAAACUACUUUAUAUAUAAAAAGCUACUAUGGUUCACUUUAAUUUAUGUUUAGAAGGGAGAAUAUUGCUCAACGUGUUAGUCUUGGUAACAACACUGUCUUCUCAUUGGGGAUUCAUUAUAUAAAGCCUUCUUGGUUUUGUGGUGUGUGUCUAUGCACACAAGCAUAUAUAAAUAAAUGUGUAAUUUUAUGUAUAUAACUAUGAACCCAAUAAUCAUCUCAUGAUAAAUGUUACCGACUCUCCCCUUUUAGCACUGUAGUAAUGAAUAUAUUAUGUUGAUAGGAGGCAAAAUAAUAAUAAUAAAAAUGUUAAACCC